AUGGGUCGAACUUUGCCUGUUCCAGUUCCGUGUCGUGUAUGUGGUGAUAAAUCAUUUGGGAAACAUUAUGGAAUUUAUUGUUGUGAUGGUUGUUCGUGUUUUUUCAAACGGAGUGUUCGAAAAAAUAUUAUUUAUACAUGUAUAGCUGGUAAAGGAAAUUGUAUAAUUGAUAAAGCACGUCGAAAUUGGUGUCCAUAUUGUCGUUUAAAACGAUGUUUUCAAGUACGAAUGAAUGCAGCAGCUGUUCAACAAGAACGAGGUCCAAGAAAAACAAAAACUACAUCGUUAAUUUCCAACGCUACUUAUAAUCACAGUGAUAUUUAUAAUCCAAACUUUAGUCAAAUAAGUAAUAUACUUGGAUCUAACUCCACGGAACAGUUACAUUUAAAUGGGGAUUUUAAACUUAUUUCAAACAUUCAUGGCAUUUCAGAUGGAAUUCAAUAUGAAUUGGCUGCACAAAUUUUAUUAAUUACGAUUAAACAGGCCAGACAAAAUCACCUAUUCAACGGAGUUUGUAAAACACGUCAAGAUAUAAUUUUAGCUAAUGUUUGGCCAGCAUUGUUUAUAUUACAUGCAGCAUAUUGGCCAUUAAACGUUUCUGAAAUAUUUCACAUUAUGAAACAAAAAUUGGCAGAAACUCCAACUGAAGAUAAACACUUUCAAACUAUUCAAGAUACAACUUUAUUAAAUUACAAUCAAAAAUUUAUAUACUCAAAAACAAGAUUAAACAGUUUACUAUUACUAAUAUCCGUAUUAUUUUUACAAAGCAAUCGAGUUCACUUAAAUGAAAUGCUAUUUAAACCAAUUGUUGGUAAUGUUAAUAUUGAAACAAUAAUAUCUGCUUUAUAA